AUGAAUACAAUGGAUACUACAAAUAAUUCAGAUAAACAUUCAAUAAUCCCAUUAUCAUCAUCCUCAACAACAACACCAUCAUCAUCAUAUACAUCUAAUCAACAUAAAAUUAAACGAUUAAAAAUCUUACAAGAAAUUGAAGAUCGUAAAUUUCAAUUAAAUUAUAAUCGUUUAAUGAAAGAACAAAAUAAAAUCUGUAAACAACUUGAUAUACAACGUUUACAAUUUACUAGAAGAUUUUCUGAAACAAAUUUUAAUUUAUCAUUUGAUGAAUUACCAUGUAAAUUAUUAAAAAAUGAUAAUAUCAUAUUAGAUGUUAAAAAAUUUAAACAACAACCACCACCACCACAGCAACAAGCAUCACCACAACAACAACAUUCUAUAACAAUUAAUGAUCAUGUACAUUCAUAUUAUGAUUUGAAUUCACAAGAUAAUAUUCAUGAUAAUGAUCAUUUAAAUCAACCAUUUUGGUUAAGAUUACGUUCAUUAGGUGUACCAUCUGAUGAAGAUACAUUAUUAGCUGCAUUAACAUGUAAAAAUAUGAAUAUUGAUAAUAAAUUAGAAUCUAAUCAUAAUGAAGAUGAUGUAUUUGAAUCAAAUUGUAAACCAUCAAUUAUAAAUAAUCAAUUAACAAGAAGAAUUUCAAGAAAUAUAGAAAAACAACGUUCUUCAAGUGUAACCGGAGCUGAUGAAAUAUUGAAAAAUGUAUUAACUAAUAAUAAUAAUAAUAAUAUAAAACGAAUUAAACGUUCAUUAAGUUUAGAAGAGAAAAAACCGAAUUGGUUAGUAACAUUAAAUCAAAUGAAACGUGAUAAAUUAUCUCGUACUAAUUCAAAUAAACAAGAAGAAAUAACAGCAUUAUUUAAAGGUAAUAAAUUCUAUGGUAAUAAUAAACGAUCAAAUGUACUUACUAUCAAAUAUCAAUCACGUAAUGAUCGUCUUAUUAAAUCACAUAGACAUACUAUUGUUGGUAUAACACAUGAAUUUACACCAUUAUAA